AGAACAGCUCGACGACAGUGAGUGUGAAUCUACCUUUAUUAUAAGGUGUCUUUUUCAAAUUUCCAUUCUCGAGUCUUGAACUGGUAUCUGAAUUGGUCUUGAUUGUUGUCUCAUGCCUUUAGCUGCAAACAGUUGCAAAAAAAAUAUUUCUGCAUAAAAAAACAUAGUCCAUAGAUGAUCUGUGAGUUUAGGUGAUUAAAGAACAAUUAGUGAAUGUGAAUUUGUGGCCAAUGCUAGUUUUUUUGGUUAUCUUUGGAAAAAAACAUAAAUAGCUUAAUAAAAUCUUAAUCUCUUUCAUUAUAAUAAACAUAUAUUGAGAUAAAAAAAUAUCCAACUAAAAGUUGUAUUUAUAGUGAUUAUAAUGAAAGGUGGAAUUGUUGUUAUUCGCCAGUUGACUGACGUCACAGAAAAACGUGCGCUUAUCCCGUACAAUCUAAUCUUAUCGGAAAAAUAUAAAGAUGCAAUGAACGCUUCAACAACACGAUUUGAAAUAAUGAAGAUGAUUAAAAUUCAUUCCGAUCCCAAAGAUGAAAUAGUGGAGCCAGUUGUGCCAGUUAAUGAUAAUUACCUAGCUAAAAUAUUCACGUAUGUGCCAAAAUGUGAAAGACCAAAACUUGCAUUGGUAUGCAAACAAUGGAAAAAAACCUUUGAUGAUUCUUGGUUUAAAGUCAAAAAAAUUGAAAUAAUUUAUUGGCGAUAUGAUGAGUAUCCAAAUUGUUUAGAUAAAUAUCCAACAAGCGAUGGAGGAUUCUGUCUUAUAAAGUCACUGCUUAUUAAAUAUGGUUGUUAUUUAACAACAUUAGACUUGACAGCUUAUGGGAAUUGUAACAUAGUGCCAGUUAUCAAUGAAUUGUGUCCAAACCUCGUAACACUUCGCUUGAGAUUCACCAACAUGGACAAACUAAUACUAGCCAAUUCAUUCACACGUCUAUCCAAACUAAAAUCAUUAACAAUUAUAUUUCAAAAUAUAAAGACUUUUCUGGUGCUUCCCACUGUUGCUUUAUUCAAUUCAUUGAGAAACGUUGCUAAUACAUUGACUAAUCUAAAUUUGUUAAAUUGGCUUGAUGAAUUAGUAGACAUCCCUAAUUUAACAAGAGCAAUCAAUGAUGUGAUUCGUGACUUAAAGGCUCUGAAAAAGUUGGAACUUGCUGGUAUAGGAAUUUCUGUUGAUAUAUUCAAUUAUCUGACAGAAAAUGGAAUUGUAUAUUCUAACCAUACUAUAUUCCUUAAAAAGACUCUUUUUGUAUCAGAUCCAUUCAUAAAUAUCAAGGUAUUGAAUAUGAUGGGAUGUCGAAUAACAGAUGAUACAUUGUAUACUAUUGCCAAUACUUUCAAGCACUUGACAUUAUUAAAGAUAAUAAGUCACCUGGUAACCGAUGAUGGUGUAGUAGCACUUUCAAAGAUGAUUAAUUUACAAUAUUUAAUUUUUGGUGGCAAUACUAACAUCACUGAUUCUUCAGUCAAACUGCUGAAAAACCUGAUAAGAUUAUGCUUACCAACCAGCGAUAAAGUUACUGAUGAUUCAGUCUUAACAGUUAUUGAAAAUUCACCAAAGAUAGACGUGCUCUCUGUUUACGGCACCAAGGUGACUGCUGAGUUAGUAAAAAAAGCAGCAGCAAUAUCAAAUAAGCGAGAAAGACGUCUUAUCUUGUGUGUUGCAUCGAUGCCAGAUAUACAACAAUAUGAAUCACCAUAUUUUGAAUUGCGUAUGAUUCGUAAAAUAAUGGAAAAAAAAAUGGUACAUGUCGGUACAAGUGCUCAUGGAGAUAAUGGGCUCACAACGAGUGCAAGAGGGCAAGCACAAAUCUCAUAAUCGCGAGUUUUCUCAUUUGGCACUGGUUUCGAAAUUUACUAUUUACAUUUUGAAAUAUAACACGAAAUACCAUUCAUUAAAUAUAAUAAUCAUAGAUUAAGAAAAAAAAAAUCAAUUGCAUAACUCUAUGGUUCUAUAAUUUUAUAAUAAGCCUUAUCAAUUUUCAAAAAUUUAUAUUAUAUAUAAUAUAUAAUAUCCAUAUGAUAUAUAUAUAUAUAUAUAAACUUUGAAAAUGACUUAAAAAAAAAAAGAAGUUGAAUAACAACUGUUGGCAAUUGAAAUAAUAGACCUAGAAAUUAUAUAUUGUACUUGAUAAAAUUUGAAUUAAAAAUAAAAGUAAAUAAACAAUAAUAAAAAAGUUAAC